GCGAGUGUGGGAAAGAAUGCGGAGCCGGGUUCACACACCCCGCGGCGGCUGUGCCUUAAAUAGCCGGGCGGCUGGCGACGGGCGCGCUGGCCUGGAGCCUGGGACCCGCUGGAGAGGGAUACGGAGGGCGGCGCGCCCCGCCUGGCACUGGGAGGCGCGGGAGCGCAUCAUGCCUGCAGACAUCCCGGGGAAGCCGAGAGCCUCGCCGCUGGCAGGAGCGCCGGCCAGCGCCAGCCGAACCCCAAACAAGCCCCGGAGGGCGGCCGAGCACCGAAAGUCUUCCAAGCCGGUCAUGGAGAAGCGGCGCCGAGCGCGCAUCAACGAUAGCCUCGCUCAGCUCAAGACCCUCAUCCUGGACGCCCUCAGGAAAGAUAGCUCGCGCCACUCGAAGCUGGAGAAGGCGGACAUCCUAGAAAUGACUGUAAGGCACCUGCAGAGCCUGCGGCGCGUGCAGGUGACAGCCGCGCUCAGCGCCGACCCCGCCGUCCUCGGCAAGUACCGCGCCGGCUUCAACGAGUGUCUGGCCGAGGUGAAUCGCUUCCUGGCCGGCUGCGAGGGCGUCCCGGCCGACGUGCGUUCUCGCCUGCUCGGCCACCUGGCGGCCUGCCUGGGCCAGCUGGGGCCCUCGUGUCAACCGGCCCCACCGCCUCCUGCUGCGGAGGUCCUGGCGCCCGAGGUCUACGCCGGGCGCCCGCUGCUCCCCGCGUUCGACGGCCCCUUCCCCUUGCUGCGCCCCGGGGCCACCUUCGCGCUGCCGCUCCUCCCGGGCCUGACCGGAGCGGCCGCCGCACCCAGAUCGGGGCCGCAGGGCCAGGGCGCGCCUUGGAGGCCGUGGCUGCGGUGAGGCCGCGGCCUUUGCUGAGACUGUACCAGACAAUAUUUAUUUCCUCAAAGUUUUGUUUUGUUUUGUUUUUUGUCUUUGUGAAGAGU